CUUGACACAACACAAUACUCUCUCUUAUUAUUAUCUUUCUCUCUAUUCUUUUCUUUGUCUCUAUUUCUCUUUCAAGCUUCAAAGACAAAUACAUAUAUACACCAUGGCACAUGUUCUAAGUGAAGAACAAAUAGGUGAUUUCAAAGAGGCCUUUGGCUUGUUUGAUAAAGAUGGAGAUGGUUGCAUUACUGUGGAAGAAUUGGCCACAGUUAUUCGGUCAUUGGAUCAAAAUCCAACUGAAGAAGAGCUACAAGAUAUGAUAAGUGAAGUUGAUGCAGAUGGCAAUGGAACCAUUGAAUUUGAUGAGUUCUUGAACUUGAUGGCCAGGAAAAUUAAAGACACUGAUGCAGAGGAGGAGCUAAGAGAGGCUUUCAAGGUCUUUGACAAAGAUCAAAAUGGAUAUAUAUCAGCCAGUGAGUUGAGACAUGUAAUGAUCAAUCUUGGUGAAAAAUUAAGUGAUGAGGAGGUAGAGCAGAUGAUCAAGGAAGCAGACAUGGAUGGUGAUGGUCAAGUUGAUUAUGAUGAAUUUGUCAAGAUGAUGAUGACCAUUCGAUGAAACAAAUUGGAUAUUGGCCAUUCAAAUUCAUUGCCAUAAUUUCCAAUUAUCUCAUUCCCUUUUCAAAAUUAAUAAUUGUUGUUUUUUGUUACUUAGUUGUUGUUGUUGUACUCUAUUCUUGUACCUAGUGGCAUAUAAAUUGAUGCCAAGUAACCAAGCAUUAGUUAGUUAACCACAUCUAGUCCCAACCAAAAUUAAUGGUUAUUCUUUUAAUCUUCAAGUUUUAUAUAACACUACUUGUACCAAAUUGUAAGUGUUGAUCUUUAAUAUAUGAUUACAAUUUAGAUUGUAUUCUA